AUGUACGAGUUUGGUGAAGAGGGUUGGAGUAGUGUUGGUUCACCUGUUGGCGCAUUAUCAGGUGUUUAUGAUCUGGUUGAUGUGAAACUAAAGUAUCGUAUUGAUAGAAAUUCUGGAUUUGACUUUCUAAUAAGUGGAAAUGAUACUGAGGAAUUUAUUGUACAUAGUUUAGCUGAAAAGCGUUUACAAGCUAGAGUUGGUGAUUAUUAUGAAUGUGUUUCAGAGACUCAAUUUGUUUUUGAUACAGAAAAUAGUACAGUAGUUAAUUCGAAUGAUAAUUACAUUAAAUCACAUAACGACAAAUGGAAUAUUAUAAUGAGUUUACAAAGUGUACGCUCUCAAGCAUUUGCUGACGUCAAUGUACCAGAAUUUACUGGAGCAAGUGUUGUGUGUGCUGGUGAUAUCUCACAUGAUAUGAGUCUAUCUAUUGCAAUUGGUUUAUCAUUGUGCAGUUUAGUUAUUUGUGUACUAUUCGGUUUAGCAAUUAAUCACUUAAGACAAAAAGAUGAAGUCUUUAAACCUGUGGAUACAACAGGAGAUGACCAAAAGUCAUGAAAAUAUAACGAUGAUUAUGAACAAUGUCUCAAAUUGCAAACAUUUAGCAUUAUUAUCACAUUCAUGACUUACAUUACUCAUUUUUAAGUUCACCAUUAUUCAUUAUAUCAGUCACCUAAACCAGAUCA